UAUAUAUUAACAGAGAGGGCGAGAGGCACAACUCCCGGCCAAAUUUCUCCGACACAAAUACAGAGCAAGGCCGGCGAACAACAUGGUCGUCCUGAAAACACCAGAACGCGUGUGGGGGUCGGCGAAGCUGACGUCAGCCGGCUUGUUCAUCUCGAUGUCGGCCUUCAUGGCUCUAUGCGCUAAGAAAGCCGGACGAAUCUCGCGCAAGCUGAAACCCAAGCCGAUGAUGAUGAGCGAUCGAAAAUUCGACCCUAAAACGUCGCCGUUGGUUACGCGGCCGAAGCAGCUGAUAACGACCUUGAGCAACAAGGCGAUCAAAUUCAUGCACCGGAAAAAGAUGGGCGAGGAGGAGGGCGGCGACGAAGGUGGGCCCGAGCUGAAGGACUGGGGGAACGGUGGGGUCUGGCAAAGGACGAUCUUGAUGGGUGACAAGUGUGAGCCGUUAGAUUUCUCUGGCGUGAUUUAUUACGAUAGUGACGGGAAGCAGCUGAACGAGGUGCCUCUCAAGUCCCCACGUGCGAGUCCACUGCCCGGGUAUCUCACUAGGGCGGGGAAAUCAGGGCUUUGAUCAGGCCACCCGCCGGGGUUUGAAGUAGGUCACCCGCGGGGGGUUGUCAUAGGAGAGGAAACGGCAUGUAGCAAAUGUCAACGUUCCAUACUGCGUGUUUUUCUACAGUUUCACUUUCACAUCUGUCGUGUUGUGAUCUUAGUGGUCGGAGAGAAUUGGGGGACCCCGGUGACGAUGACACUGUCAUUCACUUUGGGUUUUGUUUUUGGUGGAUAGUGUUAAUUAUGUGUACAACAUGUUUUUCACUUUUAUUUUAUUUUAUUUGUUUUUGUUUUUGUUUUUGGAAAUUGUAGCGUAGAUACUUGGUAGAGUUUAAAAAUAAAUAGAGGAAAUUAUGAAAAUGAGAAGGCCAGGCUCCCCUGUGACAAAAUCAAUAAGAAUUUCG